AUGGAAAACAAAACAAAUGCCGAGAACAAAACUGUGUGCGAUGAUAAACCAUGCGAUGUCACAACACCACGAGCUCGUUACACAGUUCUUGGGACUGUUGCAAAGUACGCAUACAUGCUUUUUGAGACCGACCAAGAGACACUCUUCAGAGCAAUUUAUGAAGGCGACAUGAAUAAAGUUGUCGAUUUGUUUGAGAAGAAAGUUGAUUUCCACGGGUCCGACGACGAAGGAAAUUCGGUAUUGCACGCCGCUGUGUUUGGAAGACAGAUUGGAAUGCUGAACAUGCUUCUCGGGAUGGGGAUAUCGCCAAACAGAGUGAAUCAUAAUGGUGAAAACAUUUUGAUGGUCGCAAUUAAACUUGGCUUCAAUGACAUUUGCGAAGAAAUCAUGAAGAUCAAGGACUUCAACUACGGACUGACUGACCUUCAAGGCCAGUCGUUACUCCAUUACUGCGCAAUUUAUGGAAGAGCCAUCAUGGCAGAGGAAAUUUUGAAACACGACGUGAACGUUGAUUCAGUCGACUUUAAUUACAACUCAAGCCUCCAUGUUUGUUGUUUACACAAUUCUCACAACGUUGCAAAGGUAUUGCUCGACCACAAUUGCAGAACAACACAGAAAAACCUCCGUUUGCUUAUCCCAAUCGAGAUUGCAGUCAAAAUGGAAGACAGAGAAAUGGUCAAGCUUAUUUUCACUAAGAUGAGAGGAGAGAACUUUGAAAACCUCGACGAGGCUGUUGACGAGAUGAUGAAGGGGAAGGAAGACCCCUUGAUGGUCCUCAACAAGUCACCAUCUCAGUUCACCCCACACACCAGACAGGAGCCAGUUAGAACUGAAUAA